GAGAGGGAGGAAGAGAGAAAGCAAGAGAGCGGGAGGGUGCGCGGAGCGGAGCAGAGACAGAGCUCGCGGGCAUGGGGUGAGAGCGGGAGGAAGCAGAGGCAGAGGCGGAGCGGGGGCGCAGGUGUCUGCAGCCCAGGAUCCCGGGGCGCUAACGGCUUCGGGUUCGACCGCACGCUCAGUCGCUGGCUCCAGAGGUGCUGCGGGCGGCCGGGGUUCACUGCCGCGCGCCAGGUGCCUGCCCGUGAGGCGGCGUGGGGCUCCGGGGUGGCUGCGCGCCCAGACGCCUGCCCGGGAGGGUGCCCGAGGCUCCGGGGUGGCCGCGCGCCCUCCGGGGAGCCAUGGCGGCUGGGGCCGGGGGUCGCCGGGCGGCGGCGGCGCCGAGGGGCUGAGCCGGCCGCGGGCUGCGCCAUGGCGGCGCCGGGUUGCGGGCCCUGAGCGCCGGCGCGGGGCGCGCACCAUGAACUCGUGGGACGCGGGCCUGGCGGGGCUACUGGUGGGCACGAUGGGCGUCUCGCUGCUGUCCAACGCGCUAGUGCUGCUCUGCCUGCUGCACAGCGCGGACAUCCGCCGCCAGGCGCCGGCGCUCUUCACCUUGAACCUCACGUGCGGGAACCUGCUGUGCACCGUGGUCAACAUGCCGCUCACGCUGGCCGGCGUCGUGGCGCAGCGGCAGCCGGCGGGCGACCGCCUGUGCCGCCUGGCUGCCUUCCUCGACACCUUCCUGGCUGCCAACUCCAUGCUCAGCAUGGCCGCGCUCAGCAUCGACCGAUGGGUGGCCGUGGUCUUCCCGCUGAGCUACCGGGCCAAGAUGCGCCUCCGCGACGCGGCGCUCAUGGUGGCCUACACGUGGCUGCACGCGCUCACCUUCCCAGCUGCCGCGCUCGCCCUGUCCUGGCUCGGCUUCCACCAGCUGUACGCCUCGUGCACUCUGUGCAGCCGGCGGCCGGACGAGCGCCUGCGCUUCGCGGUCUUCACUGGCGCCUUCCACGCUCUCAGCUUCCUGCUCUCCUUCGUCGUGCUCUGCUGCACGUACCUCAAGGUGCUCAAGGUGGCCCGCUUCCAUUGCAAGCGCAUCGACGUGAUCACCAUGCAGACGCUCGUGCUGCUCGUGGACCUGCACCCCAGUGUGCGGGAACGCUGUCUGGAGGAGCAGAAGCGGAGGCGACAGCGAGCCACCAAGAAGAUCAGCACCUUCAUAGGGACCUUCCUUGUGUGCUUCGCACCCUAUGUGAUCACCAGGCUAGUGGAGCUCUUCUCCACGGUGCCCAUCGGCUCCCACUGGGGGGUGCUGUCCAAGUGCUUGGCGUACAGCAAGGCCGCAUCCGACCCCUUUGUGUACUCCUUACUGCGACACCAGUACCGCAAAAGCUGCAAAGAGAUUCUGAACAGGCUCCUGCACAGACGCUCCAUCCACUCCUCUGGCCUCACAGGCGACUCUCACAGCCAGAACAUUCUGCCGGUGUCUGAGUGAAGGACCACGCUCCUGCUGAAGAGUUUAGAAUGAGGCAGCGGUGAGAAGAAAGGUGGGAGGGCGUGGGGGCCCCUGGGUGGACACCACCAGCCGCCAGUUCCUGGCAUGCCCAGUGAUCCUGGUUCCCUGGCUUGUAGGGGCUCCAGAGCCUGCUUCCUGGUUCCUCAAGGGCAGACAUUGGACACUCCUUAUUUGUCACCAAAGGUUGACUGUGGGCCGUGUGCUGGCCUUUCUUUCUAAGAAGCUGCUUUGAGCUCCUGGACUCACCUGAGGCUCCCUGGGGGAUGACGCUCAGUUUUGUCACUGUCAAGGAUGCAGAGAGCUGGUGGUAGGUGGGAAGCAUGGUGUCCACCUGCCUGCUGACCACUGGAUGCUGCUCCAUGCUGAAGAAAAGUGACAGUCUCCAGGGGACAUUUCAGCCAUGCUAAAAGGGAGGCUGGCAGUGGUCAUUUGGCCUGGAUCUAACAUGGCACCUCGUCUCCACAGGGUAGUGGUGGCUGCUUCAACCCAAAUAUUAUUCAGCUGGUACUAAUGACAUUAUGCCCAGCUGGGACCCUUGGGCUGUGUGCUUGAGGGGAAAUGUUUCACAACUAGUGGCUGCCCAAUUGCUGCUGACCGGUUGUCUUAGAAAUGGUCAAUUGGAUUCAACUUUUGUCCUCUCCUUCCCCCUAAAAGCGAAUGUUUGUGUGUGCAGACAAUCUUAGCAUGAAAAUGGUUUAAAUAGGCUGGUCCUACAUGUAUUAGGUUCUUUCAAGUUUGACUGGGAGGUCACCUUUUUCUGAUUUACAAGUCCUAAUUGUCAGAGCUCAGUAAAGGCAGGAGGAAAGUGGCCGGUUGGUCCUCCCCUCCCCCUGUUUGUGACCUGAAUUUACAGGAAGUGUUUCACCUUGUCUUCUGCAUCUUAUCUGGCAUGUCCUGGGAGAUGGAUGGGCAAGAACUGGCCUGAGCAGGGAUUUUUGCCUUGAUUUUAAGUCACUGGGUUCCAUUGUCCUGGCACCUCCAUUUCCUUAGUUUCUGUAAGCCUAUUAACAGAAGGUAGAGGCUGUUCAAGGUUAUCAAGAAAGUGCCCUGUGCUAAUGAUGAGACAGUGAAAUUUUUGUUUUUUCGAAAUGGGAGUUUCACUCUUAUUGCCCAGGCUAGAGUGCAACGGUGCGAUCUAGGCUCACCGCAACCUCCGCCUUCCAGGUUCAAGCGAUUAGAGACAGUGAAAUUUUUAUGGAAUACUGCACCUAUAAAACACAUGCCAAUCUGUUAGCAGUCCUGACUUGAUUUAAUAAAAACCAAGGAGACCCA